AAGCACAAACCUAAGCUCAGCCACAUUGGGCGGCUGGCUCAGCCUCUCAAGCACCUGAUUGAAUUUGCAAGUUAUCUCCAUGUCUUCGAACUCCUGUUUCAACAAAAACCAAACCGCUGCUAUUAUUCUUGUAAUCCGGAAACAAUGGACUGGCCCUCUCCAAAUGCAGGACUGAGUGACAGCGAUCUGUCCAGAGUGUUUCAGUAUGUGCCGCAAGAAACGACUGUUGUCAGGCGGCUAUCAGCGGAUCCUAAGCUAUUACUAUGGUCGCAUGAGAAUGCAAAGGACUGGGAUGACUGGCUUGAACAAAGUUCACCCUCGAUACAAGAUUCUUCUGGCCUUGUUCUUAUUUUCGCACGGAAAGGGGGCGAGACUAAGGGCUCGAUUCAAGAGAUUUUGGAUGGAGCAGCGAGCUUUGGCUCGUCUCGAGCUAAUAGCGAGUUCAAGAGUAGCUUUAGUGAGAAGAACCGCUCGUAUAGCUGGCCCAAGAGCAGCGAGAGGAUCACUACUGGCCCAGCAACGGUCGGUAGAAGAUUGUCCAUCGGCGCUCGAAAUGUUCAAGGAGGAUCUCACGACGUCCGGCAACUACCUUUUGAAAAAGAGACAUUUCGGAAGAUUUGCAAGAAGUUCUUCGUACAUUCCUCGAUAUCUCGGGUGAUAAGCCGAGCAGAUGUCCCUAUUUUCUCACGGGCUCAAGUCAAGAUGGGCCCAGUUGACUCAGAAGGUCGUAGCCAGCCGGCGUAUGUCUAUAAUUGCAGAUCAGCAAACACUUGGAAGAACGACCUCGCAUUGACAGUUACUUACUUUCCCCGCAGGAGGCUAGUAUUUGGCAUCUUGUUCGGAUGUACAGCUGCUGUUGAAAGACAAGUCUUGAACAGAAUUGCCAGUAACGAAGAACACGCAUUUCAUCCACUUUUAUUAUCAGGAAUAUUCGCUGAACUAGAGCGGACAAGAAUGGUAGACAUCGUCGAAAAAACAAUAGACGAAAUCGAAGGGGCUAUCUUUGAGCUCGAUAGUGGAACCGGCGGUGGCACCAACGCUGAAAAAAUGUCAAUAGAAGAUGCUGAAGACUAUCAUCCUGGUGGUACUAGAUAUGUAAGAAGGACUGUUUGGCUGAAUACAACCUUUCUUCGUCACCGUCUACAGAUCUGGAAGACGCAGCUCAGCAAAAUGAUCGCUCAUGUGGACGAACUUUCUGAAACAGAUUUCGGUUCUGAUAUUGAGCCUUUUGGUGAAAAGUCUGGGGAAGACGAAAUUAAGCAACUGCAAACGCAAGUGGAAGAUACUUCUUUAAGACGGACUAGUAUAAUGAUCAAAGAUCGUCUCCGAGGACUCAUUGAGGAGUUCGAGGACAAGAUCGAAGAUUGCACUAUGAGGGUAGAUGGGAUGACUAUCGCUACCCAAUGGUCUCAAGCCGAUAUCAAUGUCGAUAUUGCAACCGCUGCAGGACAAGAUUCAAGUCAAAUGAGAUCGAUCGCGCUCGUGACCAUGGUCUUCCUACCUGGUACCUUCUUCGCUACCCUGUUCUCCAUGACUUUUUUCAAUUGGAAUGCUUCUGGUGAUGGUUCGAUUGUCGUUUCAAGCUAUUUGUGGAUAUACUUUCUAGUGACCGGUGUCUUCACUGUCGCAACUCUACUCAUAUGGUGGUGCUUUCUUGGACGCCGGCAGAGAUGGGCCCAGUCUUCUAAAUCCAUAAGGCGUUGCUGUUGAAUACUGACAGAAUCCGAUGAGCUGGGACCUAUUGCGUGUCCAAAAAUUGUAUUGUUGAGAUGUAUUUUAAUUAUUUGAUAACUCUAAUUUAUUCAAUACGGGAGAUUUCCCAG